GAGUGAAGCAAUUCCCCCUCCACCGUUCCAAUCAAUGCUCUCCGAUCGCUAGACCAGAGAACUUUUCCACCAUUCAAUGUAAAUCAGAUAUCAGACCAAGCCGGUUGUAGGUCUGCUUGGCAUUGGCAUUGACAGAUCGACGCUCAUUCAAAAUAAUCUCUAUCACGACUAAAUUACCGUUACUAUUCUAGCAAUUUCAAUUGAUAAAUUUAGUAUCAAAUAUGUAACUCAACUGUGACAUCAAUCUACUCUACUCACGCGUGAAUCUGUUUAUAAUUUAUUUAGGAACUGUUUCUAUUUUUCUUCUCAAACAUGUUCGGAUUCAGUUGUCAACUUCUACUAAGAGCUUUGAUUUUCUUUAUUCUUCUUACCGGUACCUGGCAGCAUCAAAAUGAGGCAAGUGAUUCAGCGAUAGCAAAGAAGGGUCGGAGUUUCCGAGUGGAUUAUGAAAGUGGGCAACUGCUGAAGGACGGUGUGCCUUUUCGCUACAUGUCUGGAUCAAUCCACUACUUUCGACUGCCCAAGGCUUACUGGAGGGACAGGCUCAUCAAGAUGAAAAAUGCUGGACUGAAUGCCAUAUCAACAUACGUGGAAUGGAGCCAGCAUGAGCCGACACUGGGUGUUUAUGAUUUUGGUGGUGAUCUAGAUCUGUUAGGAUUCAUCGAUCUAGCCCACAGCUUGGGUCUACUAGUUAUUCUAAGGCCGGGUCCUUAUAUCUGUGCUGAGAGGGAUCUGGGUGGGUACCCUCCAUGGCUAUUUACUCUUCACCCCAACAUGGUACUCCGAACAAGUGAUUCAAACCACAAAAACUACGUCAAAAAAUGGCUCGAUCAUCUAAUGCCAAUGGUUGUACCUCUAUUGUAUGGAAAUGGUGGUCCCAUCAUAAUGGUACAGGUGGAAAAUGAAUAUGGCAGCUAUUACGCUUGUGACGGAAGCUACACUAUGUGGUUGAGAGACCUGUUCAAGUCGUACGUUAAAGACGAUGCAGUUCUUUUCACGACGGACGGAGGGGCACCCGGCUACCUCAAGUGUGGUGUCAUACCUGAUGUACUCAUCACUGUCGAUUUCGGACCAAGAUCGAAUGUGGAUUACGCGUUCAAUGCAGUGAAGAAGGCAGGCCAGACGAAUGGGCCAUUCAUAAAUUCGGAGUUCUACCCGGGUUGGCUGACCAGGUGGAACGAAGUGCCCAGUCUUGUGCGCACCGAAGACAUCGUCCAAGGCUUGAGAAAGUUGAUGGCAUAUGGCAAUAACACAUCUUUCAAUUUCUACAUGUUCUUUGGUGGAACUAAUUUCGGCUACACCGCUGGUGCAAACUGUGACGAUUCUAUAGGCUACAUGCCCCAGUUGACAUCUUAUGACUAUGAUGCACCUAUUACAGAAGCUGGAGAUUUAACAUCAAAGUAUUUUGCCAUAAGAGAUACUCUGAAAGAUUACACUGCGUUGCCCAGUAUGACCGACUUUUUGGAUUUGAGUGGGAAAGCCAGCUAUGGAACGGUGGAGAUGGUUAAAGCUGUGUCUUUGUUUGACGUGUCACCCAGGAAUCCUGUCAUAGUCAAUCAAGACCCGAUGAGCUUUGAAAGUCUGAACCUGCGCAAUGGAUUCGUGCUCUAUGAACACACCCUCGAUGCCAAUGAGUUGGCCGACCCUUCCCAGCUCUAUGUGCCCGGCUUGAGGGAUAGAGCUAUUGUUUUAUUGGACAAGAAAGCAGUUGGAGUGUUGAGCCGGUUUCGCAGCAUCUACUCGAUUCCGAUAUUGGCGAGAGCCGGCCAGAAGCUGGGCUUGCUAGUCGAGAGUGAGGGUCGCAUUAAUUACGGCACUUUCAUCAACGACACCAAAGGCAUUGUCUGCAAAGUGCUGCUCAACGGGAAAGAGCUGUCCGGAUGGAGUAUGCCAACUUAUUCCACCGAUAAUAUCCACCAAAUUGAAAUUAUGGCAAGACAGCUCGAUUUAGAAAAACAUCAUGUGAAGCCGCCGGCGUUCUAUACAGGCAACUUCACAGUUGAACACUCUGGCUCAGCUAUUGCCAAAGAUACCUAUUUGAAUUUACAAGGAUGGGGGAAAGGAAUGGCGUUUAUCAACGGAUUCAAUUUGGGGCGGUACUGGGUGACAACCGGACCUCAAGUCACUCUCUAUGUACCGGGCAGCAUACUUAAAUCAUCCAACCAACUCACAAUAUUCGAGCUGGAACACGAGCAUCCACGACUGCAGGCCCAAUUCCAGGAUUACAGCUAUUUGAACAUGUCCAUCCCUUAUCUGGGACAAUAUUCGCGCCAAUGUCAGCCCAAGUGUCGGCCAGUGACAACCGAAAAAAUUACCAGCUGAAAUUACUGCAAUCACAUAACGAAUGAACGAUUAAUUCUAACAAUAAAUUCAUGUUUAAAGGUCUCCAAAAUGCAAAAGUUUCAAGGAGACAAGGACUAUUAUGAUCAUAGGUUAUUAAUUCCCUUGAACUAAAAAUACCAUUGCAAUCACAAAAUUAUUUAUUGCAAAAUAAGUUAUUUUUGUACAGUGAUGAACGAUCAGCCUAUAUUAAUUCUAUUAGUGUUUUUUUUCAUGAGAGGAACGAUCAAAAUCCAGUAAAUGUUCUGAGUGUACAUUUCUUUAGUGACUUAUAAUUGUAGAGAAGUUCGAAGUUGUAUGGUUGUAAGGGAAAAUUGAAAAAAAUGUUUUAUAUUUGAAGAAACACGAUAAAUUUAAGAAAAAGUUAAGUCAAGGGGAACUAUUUGUAUUAUUAUCAGUCGAAAUUAAUUUUUAUUCAUGGAAAGAACAUGAACUAUUUUUGUGAAUGAAUUAUGAAUGACAAAUAAAAUUUUAUGUUUGCAUAUCACUA